UUUUUAUUGACAAUAACACUAACUGUCAAUGUCAAACACAAUAACACCAACCGCCUAAGAAAAAAAGUUUUACAAAAUUUCGCGGGUGUCAGCGAAUUUUUCUUUUCCUUACAAGGUAUUCUCGUAAUCACAUUACUAUGUUUCUUUUGACCACAUUUUAUCAAUAUAAAUACUUUCUACGUCUUAUUUACCGUCUAUUAAUUUGUUUAAAGUAGUUCUACCGCUUCAAAAAUGAAUAAUAAGAAAUGUGUAGGUCCUAGUAAUGGGUGGUUGUUGUGUGAAUCUAAAACUUUUCCUGGCAAGUUUUAUUACUUUAAUGUUCGUAAUGGAGACGCCGUGUGGACUUUCAACGAUGGUGAUACCACUAUAAAACAGAACAACUUCUUUACGGAUAACAUUGCGGACAAAUCACACAACUAUCCAGAACCAACCACUUUACCAGAUGAUCAUACCAUACUAUUCAAUAAGAUUGGGAAAACUAUCAAACCGGAGAUCCAUACGAAUACACAAUUAUCCCACGUAAAACCUGUAUUUGGGCAGCCUGCGUUCUCAAAAUUCACCUCUAAUGCAGACACAAAAAUAACCAACGUCGUCUGGACCCCCGUUCAAGUACCGAUGCCAGUCUGCUGGAAUGUGGAAUCUAAGAAACCAACGUCCGAUAAAAUCACCCAGACUUCGGAGUACAAACAGGAAAUUCUUGUCCAGAGCUGUGAGGUACCGUUGUCUAAACGGUUCGUUAAUAAUCAAAGAAAUACUAUUAUUAAUAAAGCUACUAAUUUUGAAACGUCAACACCGAUUAUCGUUACAAAUCUGACAUCAAAUCCGUUCAAUGAGUCCAUUCCUACUGUUUUUCAACCAAAGACUCCAGAUGUAUCGAAGUGCAAUGGAAAAUCAGUCUUUGUGUUUGGUGAUAAGGUUGAAAGUGGUACAGAGAAUGAGGAGAUAGAUGAGAAACAGCAUGUUCUGAAAAAUUUGGAUAGUAACGAUUUAAGAUUCCAUUUGCUAGCCAAGAGGAAGAAAUCAGCUGAUCCGAUAUGUGAGACUGCAGUAGACAGAAAUAAACUGAAAACGGACACUGAAGUCCCAACUUGCAAGAAAGUGACUUUUGAUUUAGUCGACGAUGAUUUAGUCACUGAUGAGACCAGUAGUGAGCUGCCUUCAGAUGAUUUUAUUCCCGCAUCGAAGACCGAAGCGACAUCAACCACAGAUUUGGACAAGUCAGUUCCGAAACUAAAUACUCCGUUCAAGAAAAUGCAGACUUUUAAGGAGCCAGAAUUUUUAGAGAACACCCUUUUGUUUAAAAAUAAAAAGAUUUGGUUCAUGGCCGUCGAUACUGAAGUGUUGUUGCUAGAUUUUGAAGCUAUUGAGGGCUUUGUUAAAGCUGAACCGACAUGCAAACUUCUCAUCCCACAUGUGGUACAAGCAGAUAUAGAAACGAUAUGUAUGGGCACCUGCGAUGGACAGCAACGCGUGCUGAACGCCAGGCAGAUCACGAGGAAACUGGCAAUACCACCGCCGUAUUUUUUAGUGGAACCGCCCCACAACGAGGAUUGCUUCGAGAUGACCACAGAGAGUAUCCUAAACUGCUGCAUGAAAGCUAUCAAAAGUAAUUACUAUGUGGUACUAAUAACAAACGACCCACAUCUGAAAAACAGAGCCUCAAUCCUCAACAUACCAUCAUACAAAUUAAACGAAAUCAAAAAUGGCGCUCCUGUCAAACCCGAUCUGACAGAUGUCACUGUCAAAAACUCCCGCCACAACGAUGACAUAGACAAAAGAAAUGAGAUCGACGAAAAUAGGUUUAAUUUUGGACCCGAGAAAAAACAAUUGUUUUUGGAUAGCGAUGAUUUUGUCGGUUUUGAUAAGUUAAUUGAUAUUACUAAGCCGAAAUGUGUAAAAGAUUGUGAUUAUGGGUCUGAUAAUGAAAGCAUUAGUUCUGAUAUUAGCAGAAAUUUAAAUUUAAAAGAGAAAAUUUUGUCAGAUUCUGAUAAUGUUUACCAUAAUCCAUUUAUGCCUCAGAAUGGUAGAAAAAAAUUUGAUGCUGCUAAUCUCAAAAAAACUAUACAAAAAACAAAAUUCGAUUUCGAAAAACAAUCCGUUUGGGAUUUCGAUACUCAAAAGAAAGAACAAGAUACGUUAUUCAGUUCCAAUCUGAAUUCUUUAAAAAAGACUCCGAAAUCGAUAUUCGACAUCGAAAAUUUGACUUUAGAACACGAAAAUCGAAACCCAUUUUUAGCGAAAUCCGACACUAUUAAAAAUGGUACAUCAAACUUAAAAUACGACUUCGAAAAACCUUCAACGCAUCGUAAUUUCGAUUUACAAGUAAAUCAACAAGAAAUACUUCCUUCAUCAAAUUUAAAACUAAUGAAAUCUAUGGAAAAUUCUGUAGAAACAGACCCUUUGCCUAAAACAGAAAAAGCAUUUGAAAUUAACAAAAUGAAAAUUAAAACAUCAUCGCAACAGAGAAUUAAAAAGAUAUUGGACCAUGUUUGUUACGAAAACGGUACGGAAAACAGAGGCAUAUUCAAAACCCCACAGCCGGUUCAAUUUAAAAACCAAACCCCAAUAAACUCUAUCGAAUGUCCGUUUAAGAAUUGGAAAUUUGGAGUAUAUUCAAAUUUGAAAUCUUUGGAUGAGAAUUUGAAAUAUUUUCGUGUUCAAAAUAAAUCUGUUGGUGACAGGAUUUGUAAAAGGAUUGAAGAAUUCGUUUGUAUUUAUAUACAAACUAUGGAAGAUGUGUUAAAUGAUUUGUUGAAAAAAAACUCGAUAAAAGACAUGUUACCCCCGAUCACUUUGCAAGAAACAUUGAAUUGUAUCAAAAUGGUGUACAACGAGUAUGAAAACAUUAGGGAAAUUAUAUACAGACUCAUACUGUAUAUCGAAAAAUGUGUUAAUGAUAAAGGACAUGUAAUUAAAAGCAUGAAGCCAGAUGAUUUCAUGAAAAUGUUCGGGUGCGGUGUCAUGCUUAUAUUGGCUUUGCAGUCCAUCCUCCCAUCAUCUGAGGAGUUGAAAGAUACAGAAAUGUACCUCAGCUCGCUACUGACCAGUAUAGAGAGUGACUGUGAUGCUUCCAUUGAGGAUCCACUGAAGACUCCCCCCGUUGGCAGGUCUGAUGCCGACGAGAAGUACGAGUUUAGGCCUAAUUUCCUGAAGCGACCUUCCUACGUGCUUGAAUAUUUGAAGCAACAUUUCAAAGAGUGGGCCUCUUAUGACGAAGAUGUCGACAGCCUUCAUGUUAAUAAUAAUUCAGACGUAAAAAUACUAAGAACUGUUGGUAAAAACCUGAAUCUAUUGAAAAUAGACAAGAAUAAAUCUAUUUCUAUGACUCAAAAUGCUACAGAGGGCGACAUAUUGAAAAAUAAUAACAACGAUCCCAAAAUAUUUACAUUUAUUGGUAACAAUCAACCUUUACAAAAAGAUUUUGAAAAAUCUACUGAAAAUAUCAAUGAAGGAACAACUAAACAUAAUAUAAAAGAUACUACAAAUACCUUAACCACAAAAGAAAACCAAAUUACCAAUAAAACCGAAACUAAGACUCUACCAGAAACCACCUCCAAAACGGACGAACCAAAAGUGAUAAGAUCGGUGAAAAUGAUAGAUGAAUAUGAGAAGAAAAUUAGACAACCUUUAGACCUGGAUUUGCUUGAUUAUUCAGAGAUUUAUGAACCUUUAGAUGUUGAUAAUUUUGAGUACGAUUCGGUUAAAGAAAACGAAGGCUCUUUAUAUAGUAAAAAUAAUGAAAAUUAUAUUGAAAAAGAUAAAAUUAUUAACAUAAAUAGUAUAACUGAUAACGCUGUUAUAAACGAUUUUAAUAAUUAUAACCACGAAAGCAAAAACGAAAAUGUAACUCCGAAAAUCGCCGAAAAAACUGAUUUCGAACUCGAAAGCGAGACUUUCACGGAAAAAUUCGACGAAAGUGGAGUUUUUAUCGUUUCGGAUGUACAUAACGAUGUAUCUAUGCGCAACGAUAACGAUGCUUUUGACAAAGAUGAUGAGACCAACGAUUCAGGGUUUGAAAAUGAGAGUACGUGCGCUCAUAUGGCCGUGAAGAUAUUUUUCAAUGAACUAAGCUCUACUUUCAAAGCUGUUAUCAAGUUUGUUACAAACUUCAGUGAAGAGAUCCAGCGAAGGGGAUUGGAUGAUACAAUGAGAAAGGAGCAUCAUCAGAAAGCUAUCAAGUGCUUGGAAAAUUUGGAAGCUAUUACGUUGCGAUUGAGAAAUAUAAUCCAGCGGGAGGCAGCAGAGGUCACAGUACUCAAGACGUUAUUGCUCAAAGCGGGACUCGAAGCUACGAGCGAUACGAGGGUGACGCGAUACAGACAAGUCGUGAUAAAAUGUCUGCAACAAGCCUUGAUAUUGGAUAACGCAUUGAAGAUUAUAGUAUCUACUACAGCAGGCGAUGUCGACGGCGUCUCUUGUAGUCUGGCGUCUAUACACUCUAGGUAUUUCAAUAUUUUUGAUAAUUAAUGUUUGAAUAAAAAUAAAGGAUUU